UCACGUAGAAACACCAAAACGCCCAUCUCAGAAGAGGGAGGGAGAGAGAGAGAGAGAGAGGUCACGAGAUCACUAGCCAGCACGUCUCGUGAUCCUAUCCAAUCCCCACUCCUCCUUCAAAUCAAAUCAUGCCGAACGAGCUACUGAAAUGGCUCUGGGAGCAGCCCCUCGCCUCCUUCCCCAAUUCCCUCCACAACUCCAUCGUCCAAUGCUUCAUGAUCGUCCUCCUCUUCGUCGACCGCCUCCUCUCCUUCGUCUCCACCGAGUUCGCCCGCCUCUUCGGCCUCCACCUGCCCUGCCUCCUCUGCCCCCACAACCCUGCUGACCUCUACUACAACGAAUCCAUCUGCGACGCCCACAAGCGCAACGUCUCCUCCCUCGGCUUCUGCGCCGUCCACUCCAAGCUCUCCGACAUCCGCUCCAUGUGCCACGUCUGCAUCGUCUCCUUCGCCACCGAGAAGGAUUCCGACUGCGACAAGUAUAAGGCCGUCGCCGCCAUUCUGAACAAGGACAUUGAUCGGAUUGUGGAUGACGACCGCCGCGCUGCCCUGCUCCGCCGCCUUAAGAAGGAUGACGACGAUAAGGGAGGCGAUCCCAAUUUGUGGUGCUCUUGCUGCGGGGAGCCCCUCAAGCUCAGGGCUUCCAAGAAGUUUCUGAGGAGUUUGUCGACCAAGUCCCCGGCUUCGUCUCCAAGGCUGUCGUGGCUGCCCAAUAGGAACGAUGAGACGCCUCGGUCGAGGUACCUGGAGCUGGAGGCGCCACAGAAUGAUGCAAUCACACCAUUCUUGCAAGACGAUCCUAACAGAACUCCUAAAUGGCUGAUGAGCUGGAGCAGCAAGAAACUAAAUUUUGACAAAGUGGAUACCCCUGUUGAGCCCUUGGACAUAAUGAAACCUCUCAACGAGGUGGACAGCGACGUUCUCAGUCGUCUCAAGCAGCAAGGCAAUCUCGACCAAGACUCCCUGAUGGCGCUGUACGUGGAGCUGGACAAUGAGAGGAGCGUUGCUGCUGUGGCCGCCAACAAUGCAAUGGCUAUGAUCACUCGGAUCCAGCAGGAGAAGGCCGCUAUCCAGAUGGAAGCGCUUCAGUACCAGAGGAUGAUGGAGGAGCAAGCAGAGUACGACGAGGAGGCCUUGGACCUCAUGAGAGACAUGCUCAUCACCAAGGAAGAUGAUGUCAAAACGCUCGAGUCUGAGCUUGAGGCCUACAGAGUGAAAUACGGGCCUAUCGGGAAGUAUGGUAGCGACAUUUGCGAAUUUGAUGCUGAUGAGGAUUCCAUGGAGAUGAAGUCUCAGUCGUCGUGUUUAAGUGAGAAAUUGUCAGACUAUCAUAGUUUUUGAAUGGUGGUGAUCAGAAAGAGUGUGAGGAUCCUUCUCGGUGCCAUAUGGAGGGAGAGUCGUCGUUCGAUUUCGAGGGGGAGAGGUGGUAUCUUCUUGGUCUUUUGACUGAUCUCAAGAAGAAGACGAGGAAUGGUGAUAAAGAUAGAGUCCAGUUUCUCAAUGGAGGCAAUCAAGAAUGAUGAUCAAGACAGAGAUGGAGGUGAAAACAAAGGUAUACUUAAAACAGAGGUGUCUAUGAUCAAGGAGAGGUUGAGAGUGGUUGAAGCAGAUAGUAGCUUCUUGAAGCAUGCAGCUAAGACUAUCCAAAUAGGAGAUGAAGGUGCUAAACUCUUGAUGGAGAUAGCUGAGCAUCUCCGGGCGCUUAGACGACGUGCGAAUACUCUCCCGGCCUAGGUGGAUGCAUGAACUCGAGUCAUGCAGGUCACGGGCGCUCUCCUUGCAGGCUGGACGAGCCAGAAGGCGGCUUUUGCUUCUGACCAUGCAAAACAUAGAUAUAUAUUCUUAUGAUGAUAGGCAGUAUGCAGUAAAUGAAAAUGGUGACGAGCACACCACGUAUGCAAAGUUUAAGGUUUUACAUGCUUUUGACUAUGUGUGUAGCUAUGAAUGAAGACAUAGAUAGCAAAGAAGGGCAUGUAAAACUUAUCUGUCUUUUUAGCUAGAGAACAGAAAAGGGCUCUUACAGUUACAAUGUAAACUACUCAAGGAUCCAUCUUAUUUUUACUGGAAUCAUUUCGUAGACAAAAUAAUGGAACUCAGAUUCAAUACC